AUGGCAAAGAAAAAUGCUCAAGAGUCCUACCAGCGGGUACAGGAAGCCAAGGCGAAGUCCCGGGCUAGGUCCGGAGGUAAGGUGGUCGUCUCUCCUCCUCCUCCUCCUCCUCCUCCUAGGAACGUGGGUACUCCAUCUCAACCUAUUGUUAUUUCCUCCUCCUCAAAUUUGACUCGACCACUCCCUUCUGCCCAACCGUUCUCCGAGCCAGAGAGUAAGAAGCGCAAGACUUCAGAGUCUGGCCCUUCUUGGGAAGGUGGUGUUAGGGCGGAGGCUCUUGCCUUCGUCCGAAAGAACAUCUAUCCACUUAUUAAUAUGGAUGAUGUUUCUGUUCGGAAGCACCUUGCCACUCUGGCCGAAGAAAGUUUUAGGGCGGCGGGAGUUUGUGGCAAACUUCUGGACAUAUUUGAGAAGACUCCCCUCAGCUCCUUGGGUACUUCCCCAAAGGUCGAGGAGCUGGAGGAGAGGCUUCUUAUGUUUGAAAAACAUCAGAAGGAGUUAAAGGAGGAGAGGGAUAAGUUGAGGAAGGAGAGAGACGACCUCCGGAAGAAGGAGAGCGAGCUGCGAGCCCAAUGUACUAUGGAGGUGAAUUUAAGGAAGGCAGCCCAGGAGAGUUACCAAAGCCUAUUUAAAGAUAUGGUGGAGGUCAGGGUUAUAGCCCCCGACUUGGAUCUUUCUCCAUUACAUCCUGACAAAGUGGUGAUUGAUGGCGUCAUUGUUGAUCCUCCUGCUCCCGAGGUCCUUUCCGAGUCAGACCUAAAGACUCGGGGGCAGAGGAUUAUAGAGUCUCCUCCUCAUUCUAAAGAUGCACCGAGUUCUUCAGCUCCUGCUCCGACUUCUUCUUUGGCUCCUCCUUCCAGCCCUGGUGAUGUUCCUCAUGGUGGUGGUGAUUCCAAAAAAUAA